AUGAACGAUGACGUAGAUUUUACGAAGGUAUAUAAAGACAGGCCUCGAGACAGUUUUAUGAGGAUCUACAGGACACUGAGUAGCAGUAUAAGAGUAGGGAUGACAGCAACGCACCACAGAGUUACGAUUAUCGGAUCUGGUCCGGCAGCACACACGGCAGCGAUCUAUUUGGCGAGAGCGGAAAUCAAGCCAACGCUGUAUGAGGGCAUGUUUGCCAACGGGAUCGCGGCAGGCGGUCAAUUGACCACAACGACGGAGAUCGAGAACUUCCCCGGGUUUCCAGAGGGCCUGACCGGCGGGGAGCUGAUGGAGAGAAUGAAGCAGCAGUCGGAGAGGUUUGGGACGGAGAUCGUGACGGAGACGGUGUCGAAGGUGGACCUGUCGUCGAGACCUUUCAAGCUGUGGACUGAGUUCAACGAGGACAGCGAGCCGAUCACGACGGACGCAAUCAUCCUCGCCACGGGAGCGUCCGCGAAGAGGAUGAACCUGCCAGGCGAGGAGACGUACUGGCAGCAGGGCAUCUCGGCGUGUGCCGUGUGCGACGGGGCGGUUCCGAUCUUCAGGAACAAGCCGCUGGCCGUCGUGGGCGGCGGCGACUCGGCGUGCGAGGAGGCCGGGUUCCUGACCAAGUACGGGUCCAAGGUGUUCAUGCUGGUGAGAAAGGACCAUCUGCGUGCGUCGACAAUCAUGCAGAGACGGGCGGAGAAGAACGACAAGAUCGAGAUCCUGUACAACACGGUUGCGCUCGAGGCCAAGGGCGACGGCAAGUUGCUGAACGCGCUCAGAAUCAAGAACGUCAAGACCAACGAGGAGAGCGACUUGGCCGUGAACGGCCUGUUCUACGCGAUCGGCCACACGCCCGCCACGAAGAUCGUCGAGGGCCAGGUCGAGACCGACGAGGCAGGCUACAUCCAGACCGUCAAGGGCUCCGCAGAGACCUCUGUGCCAGGUUUCUUCGCCGCCGGUGACGUGCAGGACUCCAGGUACAGACAGGCUAUCACCAGUGCGGGCAGCGGAUGCAUGGCCGCACUGGACGCGGAGAGAUACUUGACCUCGUUGGAGUAG